AUGAGUAAACAAAAAUCAAAAGUUACAACCGAGAAAACACAAAAUUACCUAAGUUCACUACAGAACGGUCCCAUCUAUGAAAUUUACCGUUCAUGCCGCCUUUGUGGAGCUAGUAAAGGUUACAAAAUGCCUAUCGUUCAAAAUGUUAUUCCAAUAGAAGAUACAGAAGUUGAAUUGAAAACGAAAAUACAGGAAUGUUUGCAGCUAGAGGUACAUGAAAAUGACAUGAUGCCACCCCUUAUUUGUGGACAGUGUGCUGACAAAAUAUGUGAUUUCUAUGAUUUCUUAAUAAUGUGCAAACAGACAAACAAACGGACCAGAAUGAGAUUGGGUUUACCAAUGCCAGUGAUCAGGAAACAAGUGAUAGAUUCUACAGAACCAAUUUUUAAAGAAGGAACAGGGAAGGGGUCCAUAAAUAAAGCAAAAGAAGUGAAGGUGGUUAAAAAUGAAAUAAAAAAGGAGAUAAAAAAAGAAUCUAGAGCAGAAAAAGAACUUCGUGAUUUAAUCGCAUCAAACCCAGCUUUAUCUGUGCCACUGCGCUCUCGAUGUAGUAGAACUAGAGAAGAUAGGAAGUCACCGAAAAGACAGCCAUCACCACUACAAAGAAAGAACAGUCUAAGGAGUGAGGUGAAAUCAGAUAAGUUAGAAACAAAGAAAGAAUCACAGGUCAGACCUGGACCAGCUAGUUCCAAAUUAAAGAGGAUGAGAGAAAUCGUUCCUAAUGACAUGCAGAGUAAAAAAAUUAAAAUUGAAGAACCUCGUUCUAAACGCUUGUCAAGUGUCAAAGUCUCUGACAAUUCUAAGACAAGUGACAUGCAGAAGUGUGACGUUUGUAAGAUAAAAUUUCCAAAAGGAACGUCAUUCAACAAUCACUAUAGGAAACACAAAAAAGUUGAAAUUCUUGUUACUAAACCACAAAGAGAAACUCCAGAGAGUAAAGAUGAAACAAAUUUUGUCGGUAAAUGUAGAAAAUGCGGAAAAUUAUUUGAAGUACAAAGAACAUUUGUAAAGCAUCAAGCUGCGUGUAGAGGAGGUAGGGUGAAAAUACCGUCUUCAGUAAGGAGAGAAAUGAAGCCAGUACAAGUGCGCAUGAUUCGAUGUGAUUCUCUACUGAGUAAAGAUGACAAUGGACAUUAUGACGUCUCGGAUGUAUGCUGUCCCUACGGACUGGAUAGAUCUUGUUUAUAUCCCUAUAACAAAAACAACUCUUUGCUACGUUGCAACAGAAUGGUGGAUAUAAAUUGCCCCGAAAUUCCUGAUGCAUUCGACAUUAAUGAUGACAUCGAAGAAUUCUCACAUUGGGACUCAGAUAACGAGAGCGACGAUAAUAGAAGAGAAGUGGAAAGUCUGUCGACGCUCGCUACAAAAGUAAUUUUCUCUGAUAAAUUCCUUGGAAAAAUCCCAAGGAAGCGAAAGAAAGUGAAACCGUUCUAUGAUGAUUUCGGUUUGAAUAUUGAUAGGAUUAUAAGUAACUUAAGCGAAACAAAUGAGUCUCCAAGUAUUUUUGAUAACAUUAAAGAGAAUUGGAGUGAUAAUGUUUCAGACUCUAUUUUGAGAAAUGAUAACGAAAGUGAUACAUUUAGCGUUGUUGGAGAUUUAAAUGAUGAUACUGGUGGCUAUACUGAUACAUUAAAUAAUGAAAUUAAUCAUAAAACUAACGAUUGUGAUGGACCAAGUAAAACCAAUGACACAGUUGAAACAAACAGGAUGGCAGAAAAACAUAAUUUGAGUAUUACAGGAACGAAUACAAAUCAGUUUACCGAGAACUACAAUCUCAGUCAUAAAAUUACACCAAGUUCAGAUAAUAAUAGCGUGAUAGAGGCCCAAAAAUGUAGUAAUAAUAUUGGCGUGUCAGAAAAUACAUCUUGCAGUGAUAAACUCAGUUUUGAAAAUACUAACAAUCAUGUAGACAAUUUCAAUUCAUUAAAAUCAGAAAUUGAACUGCUUGAAAUUCAAAUACUUAAUGAUAACGAUGAGGAAGAUUGUGUUAAUAGACGUUCUGGAAAUAUAAAAAAUGAACCAACUGAUGAUAGUUUUAAACAAGGUGCAAUAUCAAAUGAAAGCGAACCUAAUAUAAAUGCUGAGAUAUCGAAAACAUGUGAAAGUUUGGUGGAAAGUAUUUGCAAUGAGACAGUGCCUCGUAAUCAAGACUGUGAAAUUGCGGUAGAAAAUAAUUCGAUUGAACAAAAAACUGAUGAACUUAACGAAAACUGUGCUAAAGGAAAUGAUAAUAUAAAUGUAAAUACAGAGACUAAUGAUGAUAAUACAGAAGUUUUAGAUAGUUGUACUACUAAUACUAAAAAUAUCAAUGUUCAAGCUAUGGAAGAUACUUUAAAGGAAAUCAGGCCAAAUACAAAUUUGACUGUUGAUUAUAAGAAAGAAUGCAUUAAUGAUAUAAAUAUUGAACCUGAAACGUCUAGCCAACAUUCUUUAAGUGUACCUUAUUAUUUUAAUAUUAAUGGAAAAGAAAACAUUCAAAACGAAACGCAAAAUACGACGGACGUAAACAAAAUUGAGGAUAAAACAGAAACUGUCAAUUUUGAAGCAAACUCUCUGGAUACCGAUGAUUUAGAUAUUUAUAAUGAUCUGAUCGAAAAUAAUAUAAUGGGUGAUUGUAUUGAUACAGUGCAUAGAACGGGACAUAAAUCAAUUGGUGUUGACGAAAUGAAUGCCAACGAUUUAGAAGACAUAAGUGAUGAUGAAAUGGUUAAUGAAAAAUCCAAUAUGACAUUAGAUGGUUUAUUGCAAGACAAAUCUAUGGAUUUAGAUAGCAUAUCUGAUGGAGAGUUCACUUUAGAAGAUUGA